AUGGCUUUUUACAUCGGCGCAGAUCAAGAAGCGGACACAUAUGAGCAAGUGCACAAGAUAUGCUUCCAAGACUACCACACGGUCGACAUCGGGCAGUGGGACCCUCCGAUAUCCCCAAGCCAUGCCAGUCCUCUAGCAAAAUGGUAUCAAUCUACCCUUGUGGGCAAGGCGGCUCGUAAGGACUACAAUCCUCUAAGACUUGAGGACGCUUUGCGGUCUCUCUCCGGCGCGCGGCCCGUGAAGGGUGUUUGCGCCGAGGACGCGGCCCUGCACUGUCUAGUCGACAUCUUCGAGCGAACACCAGACGACGAGAACAGCUGGGACCCCGACUCCUACGACCCAAAGGCCAAAUCCGAGCUCGCGAAGGCACACUCGAUCGCCGCAUACGCCUACUACCGAAAGUACAUGGCGCGCACGACGCCUAUCGCGAAGAUCGGGAAGCGGGACGCGCUCGCGCCAGACGACCCGCUCGCGUUCCUCCUCGAUGCGGCACGCCACGCCAGCCACGCAGCGGCGGUGCAGCUGCUCACGCCCGCCGUGCUCCUCGCCGGGUUCGCACUCCGCACGUGCAUCCUGGACAUGCCUCUGGUAUCGCCAUCGCACCUCAAUCUCUACUUCCUGCAGUUCCGGCCGCUCUGGCGCGCGCUAGAGCGGUGCGGGAAGCGGUGGCCCGCGCGUCCGCCCGCUGACGACGAGGAUCCGCCCCCGGCGUACGAUGCCUGCGCAGCGGAGGAGUGCGAAGCCGCGGUCGUGGUUGGCCCCAGGCUGGCAGAACACUACAGCGGAUGCCCAGAUUGCAUUGGGGAAACGGACGAAGCCCCGUUCUAUUGCAGUCGAGAAUGCCGCGAUCAGGAUUGGGCGACGCAUCAAGGAACGUGCCAAGCCCCAGGCCGGCUCCGCGGGCCAAUAAUGGCGAACCAGGCGCGUCGCGUACAGCAGCGCAACACCUUGAAUGAGAUGAGCGGGCGGGUAGAGAGCUAUACGCAUUACGAGGUCGUGCCGGAUGACUCCGAGGCGGAGAACACUGGUCCGCUGUGCGGGUUCGUAGAGUGGUCUCGGAGUCUGCCGUGCCCGCUGGACACGCCGUGGAAGACGGUGACAGUCGUCAAGAGAACGUAUCGGUUUCAAGAGGGCGUGGAGAGCCCCCGUUGA